AUGGCUGACUGUGAAUUUCUGUGGGAGUUAAGGCUGGGAAAGUCAGGUCUCAAGAUUUCCAAGAUCGUCUUGGGAACAAUGGGUUUCGGCAGCAAGGAGUGGCAAGACUGGGUCCUCGAUGAAGAGGAGUCCUUGAAAGUCAUCGAGUACGCGUACAAGAAGGGUAUCAACACUUGGGACACAGCGGAUAUCUACUCCCAUGGUCGGUCGGAGGAGGUUGUCGGCAAGGCUCUGAAGAAGCUCGAUAUCCCGCGUAAACGCGUGGUCAUCAUGACCAAGUGCUUCUUCGGUGUUGAUGAUCAGGGUCGAUUCCCACCCAUCAUGGCCUCUGCAAAGAAUGACGGGGAGUUUAUCAACCGCGUUGGUCUCUCACGAAAGCACAUUUUCGACGCCGUGGAUGCUAGCGUCCAGCGUCUCGGCACAUACAUCGAUGUGCUUCAGAUUCACCGUCUGGAUCGCGACACUCCUCGUGAAGAGAUCAUGAAGGCCCUGAAUGAUGUUGUGGAGAGUGGCAAGGUCCGGUACAUUGGUGCCAGUUCGAUGGCAGCUUGGGAAUUCCAGACUCUGCAGAACAUCGCCGCCCGUAACGGAUGGCACCAGUUCAUUAGUAUGCAAAACUACCACAACUUGAUCGCUCGGGAAGAAGAGCGGGAGAUGAUCCCUUACUGCCUCGACAGCGGUGUUGGGCUCAUCCCCUGGUCCCCUAUCGCUCGGGGCGUGCUCGCUCGUCCCUGGGGCUCGCGCUCCACUGUACGUGAAAACUCGGACGGUGCCCUGAAGGCUCUCAUUCGCAGCCGGGAAAGCGAGGCCGACAAGGCCAUUGUGGAUCGCGUCGAGGAGCUGGCGGGUAAGAAGGGAGUCUCUAUGGCACAAAUUGCCUUGGCCUGGUCUCUGAGCCAUCCGAGCGAGUGCCCGAUCGUCGGCCUUCACAGCGCUGAGCGUAUCGAUGAGGCCGUUGCCAGUCUGAAAGUCCAAUUGUCAUCUGAGGAGAUCAAGUAUCUGGAGGAGCCCUAUGUCCCCAAGGCCGUCGCUGCUCUGGAGCGCUAA